GUCAGGGCUCCGGCUCAGAAUCCAACGACACGAAACAAACACACCGCUCGCUCGCUCGCUUCCUUCCUCCUCUCUCCAACCUCCGUAUCCCCCCUACCUUCCCCUACCACCGCCCCGCCUCCUACCCCGAAGAAGCGGCGGCGAUCGACGAUGGUGGUGGCCACGGAGGAAAUGGCGGUCUACUGCUUCGACACCCUCGUCGCCUACUACGACGGCGCGCAGCCGCCGCCGCCCGCCUUCGAGGAGGGCGUCCACCCACUAUUUGUGACCUGGAAGAAGGCCACUAAUGGUUCGGAACCACGCCUCCGGGGAUGCAUCGGAACCUUAGAGCCCCGUCAGAUUGUCAGUGGCUUCAAGGAUUAUGCGCUCGUGAGUGCCCUGAGGGAUCGUCGCUUUCCACCAAUACAGUCGAAAGAACUGCCACAUUUGGAGUGCACAGUAUCUAUAUUGACUGAAUACGAACCUGCACUCAACCACCUUGAUUGGGAGGUUGGAAAGCAUGGCUUAAUUAUUGAGUUCACCGAUCCAGACUAUAAUGUAAGACGCAGUGCAACUUAUUUACCUGAGGUUGCUGCCCAUGAAGGAUGGACACAACUAGAGGCUAUUGACUCGCUCAUGAGGAAGGCAGGCUACAAUGGCACCAUCACUGAGUCCUUGAGGAAUAAAAUUCGCGUCACCCGCUACCAGAGCAGCCUGUACACCAUGCAAUAUGGCGAAUAUACUGCAUAUGUCAAGAAAAACAGAGAUGAAAUUAAUGGGGCGCCCGUAGUUAAUGGCUUCAAACCAGGCCAUUGAUUUAUCUGUAUUCCAGCAGGUAAUGCAACUAUUUAUGAUUUGUCAUGGAGUCAGGGUGAGAAAUUAUUUGAAAAAUUCAACCCUAGUCAUUGCUACGCCAUCGUUUCAUUUCAUUCCAUGAAAUGUGUGGGGGGCAUGUAACUUGCCCCAUAACAUCACGUCAUUCUGGGACAAAUGAUGAUGGUUAUGUAUCUGUAGACCUAUGUGCUUCAAUAACAAAUGAUUUCGUGACAAUUAAUUGAUUCAAGUGGGGCAUUCACAUGUAA